CUCGACGGCUUUAUAUUCGAAUAUAGUUGAAUCUGGGAGGAGAAUCUACCAAACGCGGGGAAAUGUGAAGAUGCCGAGGGGAUUUGGCAGAUUGAAGUCCGUCUCGAGAACACGGGAUGGCUUGCGUUGAGCUUAAAGUCUUAGCGCGCUUUGACGGCUUGAAGUCAUCGCGAGAAAAUCAGGACGGUCGUCUCGAAUCUGCUGGCAACCUAUUCCACGCUCUUGAUCCUGAAAAAUAUUCGACCUUAGAAGCAAGACCAAGUUACAUACAUCAGCAUGGGGACGCCACGGUCAUCUUCCAACCAAGUCCAAUCUCACGCCGCUCACCGGCUUCUCUCCCGCGCCCAUUCCCCAGACACAGCGGAGCAGCUAUUCGCCGAGAAGGUGAAAACCAAACCCCUUUAUCUGCGACCUACCUCGCCUACUCCAGCGGAUAACCGGGAACGGAGACGUCUACAUCGUCUACGGAAGAAAGGGUACUUUCUACGCAGGCAGAAACCCAAACCGCUUACGGCGCGAGAGAAGAGAGCUCUCGGUGUCCAUGAUUUACCAAAAGAAGAAAUCAAAUACGACAUCUUUAAAAAAUUGAAUGACUUAUGGGUGGAAUACAUGUGGGAGAUUCUGGAUUUGAAGAAACCCACGAAUAAAGGCGCGAAUACGGGACAGAUUAUCACUGCUUUGGCACACGGCGCCAAGCUAGCAAGUGCGGAUUUUCAUGGUGCAGAGCUUCGAGUCGUUAGGAGCCGCUGCGUUAGUCGGGUAGGCGUCAGAGGCAUCGUGGUUCGGGAUUCGAAAUUCGCGUUUGUGCUUGUCACGGAAAAAAAUGAAAUGAAGACAAUACCAAAGGAGCAUACGGUCUUCAGGUUCAAAAUUCCAGUACCUACCGGACCGUUUGUAGAGGAUGAACAAUCUCAGGCACCCGAGACUCUAAAAGAUUUAGUAUUCGAGCUUCAUGGAAGUCAGUUCGAGAAUCGCCCUGCGGACCGAGCAAAUAAGAAGUUCAAAUGGAAGAACCUCAAUUAUCUAUGAAAGACCUUUCUGAAAAAAUUUGGGUUGAUAAUGCAUUGUGGCGACCUGCCCCGGGAAUUGAUUGGUCUAUAUUACGUCUCCUGUUGGGUUCCACUAUGGGCAUCGUGUUUAGCAUCAUGAAGCCACCCUUUCCCUAUGAAUAGGAGAUUCUCCCCCUCGAGUUUCUGGUCAUCCCACAACAACUUCGCAGGCAUCCUUGGUUGAUGUGGGAUGUAGUUUUUCGGUGGUGAGCAUAACACACCACGUGGAGGAUCAAGCUUCGAACCUCUGCCUAUCCAAGCAAUAAUGUCGUCGCACAGGCACCUGUCUUCUCUUGAGAGAGUUUUGGAUGUUCAGCACCCUUCUCGCUGACUCCACAGCAAUUUGAUUCUGCGAGGAGUCUCCUUGAUAUAUUCAUCAAGGACUAUGGCCUCGAACGAGCAACAGAAAGGGGUUACAAGCCUGCAAAAUUGAUACACG